GAGGAGCUCAUUCAUGUGAAGCCGGCGGUCGGCAGGGGCGAGGGAUGGCUCUGCUGGGCCGCCUGGUGCGCCGAUCGCCCUGGCUGUGCAACGUGGCGCUCUACGGGGGUCUCUUCGCGGCGGGUGACGCGGCCCAGCAGCGGCUCCGGUGCCCGCCGGGCCAAGCGGGCGGCGCGGACUGGGCGCAGACGCAGCACGUGGCCCUGGUGGCGCUCGCCUUCCACGGCAACUUCAACUACGUCUGGCUGAGGGCGCUGGAGCGGCUCCUGCCCGGCCGGGCGCCCGCCGCCGUCUUGGCCAAGGUGCUGUGCGACCAGCUGAUGGGCGCGCCCGUCGCAGUCCUGGCCUUCUACACAGGCAUGAGUGUACUUCAGGGGAAAGAGGACAUUUUCGCAGAUUGCAGAGAGAAAUUCUGGAAUACAUAUAAGACUGGGCUGAUGUACUGGCCUUUUGUGCAGCUUUCCAACUUCAGCCUGGUCCCGGUGUACUUGAGGACAGCGUACACCGGCCUGUGUGGUUUCAUCUGGGCUACUUUCCUGUGCUUUUCCCAACAAAGCGGUGACGGAACCGCCAAAUCAGUUUUUCUGUUGUUCCAAGGCAAGAAAGCCGACAUGGAGGAGACGUCGCCUGGGAAAUAAAUAUAUUGCUGUGAUAAAGCAUCCCUCACCUGUCGGAGAGGCAGCAGGCUGUGUUGCCGGAUGCCAACUGCCUUUUUAUUUAAUUUUUGCUACGUGAAGAUAUAACUAAAGGUGAACACACAUGACCAUUUAUGAAAUGAUAACUUAUUGCGGCGGGAAUGCAAUCAACGGGCCUUUUGUUUGCAGAGUCCACCCAUUCUGCAAGGAUGAUUGUACCUCUUUUUUAUUUCAAUUGCAGGGGUGUGUGUGUGGCUUUAUGGAACAAAGGAGCUUUAAAAAAGCAAUCUACCUGUCUAUGGGCUAGAGUAGGGAUCAGGAACUUCAGGCCCAUGGACCAAAUUCAGCUCUCCAAGCUUCUCAAUUGGCCAGUGGGACUCUUUCCCAUGCCACACCCCAGCCACACCCCCUCUCCCCCAAGCCGUGCCCUUCACUGGCCCUGUUUUGCACUCUCAUUGAGCGUGUUUUGGUUUAACUGGAAUGAGUCCUUGAACUCUGAUCAUGCCUCUUGCUUAUCUGGAUGGCGAGGGGUGUGUGAGUGUAUAUAGGAACUAGACUACUGUACAAAGGUAAAUAUUUAUUUAUUUUAUUUAUUUAAAAUAUUUCUAUCCUGCUCUUCUACCCUACAAUAGGGCACUCAGGACGGCUACAAUAAAAUUGCACACAUAUAAUAAAAUACACAAUAAAAACACAAAACAUUACAGUAAAUUAAAAUGCAUAGAAUACUAUUAAAAUACAUCAAAUGCAUUGUGCACGCACAUACAAACAUACAUACAGGUAUAUAUGUGCAUACACAUAUAAGAAAGUGAGAAUAAAAGAACUUAAAAGAUAAAAAUAAGAGAUAAAAAACUUUAAACAGUGUCAGCCUGACCCAUCAGGCCCAACCAAAGGCUCUCCGGAACAAAAUAGUUUUUACAAGUUUCCGGAAGACCAUCAGUGAAGGAGCAAAGCGGGCUUCUUGGGGCAGGGAAUUCCAAAGUCUGGGAGCCACAAUCGAAAAGACUCUCUCCCAUGUGUACAUUUAUUGCUCCUCCCACUUUUGCCUCUGGCCCCGCCCACUGCUGGAAUGUGCCCCCCCUUGACGUUUGCCCAGAAGGUAAUGCAGCCCUCAGGCUGAGAAAAGGUUCUCCACCCCUUUGUCUAGAAUGACACACCCCAUAGCACCCCUUCUGGAUUCUGUCACCUGAUUUGCACCUUCAUUGUGCUUCAUGCAUCAAUCCAACACACAAAAAGGUUUGAUUUUCCUUAACCAAAAAACAAUUUUAAGAAAGAAUGGGUUUCAGACAGUAAAAUAAAUAUUCAAUAAUCAUGAAGUACAAUGAACUAUAAACAGCAACCAACAAUAAAGCACUCCUAUGUCCUAAUGAGGCGCCUGCCAGUUUAAAAUCAGUGCCCUUGGAGUAGGUUGGCCAGAUGCAUUUCCAUCUUGCCAUCUUCACUGGCCAAAUAAAUAAAAUCCAGUGGCUUAAAUGCAGAGGUUCUAGAACUGGAACAUGAAUCAGGCCUGUUCAAAUACAGGAUCCUAUCAAUCAGCAUUAGUAAAAAGUCCCAGUGCGGAGAUCCAAAUGAAAAUUGUUUUCAGAUAACAUGAUCCUAUUUGGGAUUAUUCUUCCUUAACUUUGUUCAUGCGCCAAUCCAGCCUGUAUGGUUGUAUGCCAGCCUGUCACAAUGAGUUGCCACAUAGCCACCUCUUUUUGCCUUUGACUGCAAUCUGCAGGGGGUAGCCAAUGCAGUGUCCUCCAGAAGUCAUUUGACUAGAUUUCCCAUCAUCCCUGAUCAUUGGUGAUGCUGGUUAGGGAUGAUGGAAGUUGGAGUCCAACCACAUCUGAGGGCACCAUGCUGACUGUACCUGGAAUAAAGAGAGGUCCUACAUGCACCCCCGUUAAUCCCAUUGAACUCCUGGGGAUUAAUGGCCUGCCCCUAAUUGAUUUCACUUGUAUUGAUUUAUUCUUAAUCUGUCCCUCCGGUUUAGAGUGGGUGAAGUCUUGUAACAGUUUGACUUCCCAGCAGUAGGAAAUUCUGUGCAGUCCUUCCAAGGUCAUUUUCCUCUGAUGAAAAGCACACCAGAGUGUUAAUGGUGUCUUUGUGAAAGUCUGCAGAUUUACGGACAAAUACGCAGGCUGAGAAAAGCUGGCAGGAAGGGGCUGUGUGGAAUCUGAGUUUCUGCCAUUAUGCCCCAGAAGCAAAGAUCCAUACAGAACACAGCAUAAGGACCUAGUCCUUAAGGUGGUGAAGAUCAGUUUGGAGAUAAUGUGGGCAAUGCCAAAGGACACAAGACAUUGGCAGGGCAGAACAGGAUCUUUAGUUGACAGGGAGACCAAGGCUACACACACAACACAUAUUAAAGCACAAUAUUUCUCCCAAAGAAUCCUGGAAAGUGUAGUUUACUCACAGAGCAACAGUCCUCUGCACCCAUAAUAAACUACAGUUCCCAGAAUUCUUUGGGGAAAUACUGUGCUUUAAAUGUAUGGUGUACACACAGCCUAGAAGGUUUAAAAGAUUGCCAGCUGUGGGCUUUGUUUUGACAGUGGCUAGUUCCAGUCUCUAGUGCAGAGGGGGGAACCUUUUCCAGCCUGAGGGCCACGUUCUCUUGUGGGCAACCGUCUGGGGGCCAUGUCUGCUAUGGGCAGGACCAGAUGCAAAGGUGGGUGGAGUAACUGCUGUAAAAUGUUACCUUUGUACUGUAGGCUGCAUUCUAGCCAUGCAAAAAUCAUCGGUAUCUGCACACUCACUGAUAUCUAUCCAUCCAGCAAGAAGCUAUAUCACAGUUCAAGGACAUGUUCCAGCCAGGUACCAGCACCCAAGGAGGGUGCAGAGCAAGGCCAGUGAAGGGCAUGGCAGAGUCCCAAGGGCCAGAAAGAGAGGCCUAGAGGGCCCCAUUGGUUCCCCAAACCUGAGGUUCCCCAUCUCUGCUCUAGUAGGCUUUCCCUGCUGGAGAGGAAGGUAAGAGAGUAUAUUUAGGAAAAGAUCAUCGCUCAGAGAGCCAGUGUGCCGUAGUGGUUAAGGUGUUGGACUGCGACCUGCGAGACCAGGGUUCAAAUCCCCGCACAGCCAUAAAGCUCACUGGGUGACCUUGGGCCAGCCACUGGCUCUCAGCCUCAGAGGGAGUCAAUGGUAAACCCCCUCUGAAUACUGCUUACCAUGAAAACCCUAUUCAUAGGGUCGUCAUAAGUCAGGAUGGACUUGAAGGCAGUCCAUUUCCAUUUUCAUUGCACAUAGUAAAGCUUAUGCUUUGCAAGUGGAAAGUUCCAAGUUCAGUUCUGGCAUCUCCCUUUGAGAGGAUCUUAAGGGUAGGGAAAACCCCGUGCCUCGAAGCCUAAUGAGCCACUGCCUUUCAGCAUGGUGACUAGGUGGACUAGUGGACUGGUUGAAUACAAAGCAGCUUCAUAUAUACAGAAUAAUCUGAAAAAUUAGCAGAUAGACUUACUGCAGGUUUUGUUUUGUUUUUGCCCAGGAUUUGGAUGUAAUACUAUGACACAGUACUUUGUUUUAGUGUAGAGUAUGUUUUAUUAAUUUUGAGUUAUGCCAGUGUGGUGUAGUGGUUAAGGUGUUGGGACUACCACCUCAGAGACCAGGGUUUGAAUCCCCACACAGCCAUGAAGCUCACUGGAUGACCUUGGGCCAGUCACUGCCUCUCAGCCUCAGAGGAAGGCAAUGGUGAAACCACCUCUGAAUACCACUUACCAUGAAAACCCUAUUCAUAGGGUCGCCAUAAGCCAGAAUCAACUUGAAGGCUGUCCAUUUCCAUUUUACUGUAAUAGGAUUUUUUAAAAGAAGUAAUUAAUGAAUGGCAAAGGGCACAGUCUGUUUGGAUUCAUGAAAAACAAAGGUCAUAGUCCAUCUAGAUGCAUUAAAAGAAAUGGGCAAAUGGCACAGUCCACUUGGGUUCAUGAAUGGCAAAGGACCCAGUCCAUCUAGAUUCAUUAAAGACAACGGGCACAGUCCAUUUGAACUCAUGAAAGGCAAUGGGCAAAUGGCACAAUCCACUUGGGUUCAUGAAUGGCAAAGGACCCAGUCCAUCUAGAUUCAUUAAAGACAAAGGGCACAGUCCAUUUGAACUCAUGAAAGGCAAUGGGCAAAUGGCACAGUCCACUUGGGUUCAUGAAUAGGAAAGGACCCAGUCCAUCUAGAUUCAUUAAAGACAAAGGGCACAGUCCAUUUGAACUCAUGAAAGGCAAUGGGCAAAUGGCACAGUCCACUUGGGUUCAUGAAUGGCAAAGGACACAGUCUACCUGGAUUCACGAAUGGCAAAAGGCACAAUCCUCUUGGAUUCAUGAAGGGGGAAAAACAUUCUCCUGUACAAGAUCCAUCCCUGCUCUUCCCCAGGCCCCAUCCCUUUCAACAGCGCCCGCACAGCAGAAUUUCCAUGUGGAUUGUGCCUCCAAAAUAACACAAGUAAAACAUACACUCCUAAAUAUGCCAGUGUUUUAAGAUAAGAAUGCCAAUUGGCUGAGUCAUAAGUGGGUUAUUGUUCAGAUGACAAAUGGUCAGUAUGUUCAGCAAGGUGUAUAAUUUUUGCUUCUGUUGAUUUCUGUGCGAAGGAGGCCAGUAACUCUAUUCUUUUUCUGCAGUCUUUUUUCUAUGCUGCGGGGCCAUUUCUCGAGGGACUGAAGUGGCUUGCUCAUUACAGGGCAGCACAAACAUUUGUACAUCACAGCAUCUACUCUCACUGCAGAGAAAUAUUAAUGGCAUAAUUUAAUUUUAUAGCAGAGUUUAAUUGCUUAGAAGGAGGGUGGGUGGAAUAUUGAGUCAUCAGUGUUCUACUUGCUAAUUACUAAGAUUCCUAAUAGGUCAUGUUUCCCAUCCCCUGCAAUGCACUUACACUGGAAACAAAAGGCAGAAUGGGUUCUGUGCAAACCUUGUGAGAAUUUUUUCACAGGGACCAAGAAAACGUUUUUUUGCGAACCCAAAUGUGUUUUACCCAAGGGGAUCGUGCUUUUUCUUCUUCCCGCUCAUGAUCUCAAGACAGUGAAAUAACACAAAAGUGGCUUUGUUUAUUUAUUGCACAAUUUGAAACUACUGAAUUACACUCUGAUUUCCUGCUGCUUUUCAGCUGCUGUGUCGCUGCAGAUAUGUGAAAUACUAUAGCAAUUACAGAGGUUUUAAUGUAAAAUGGCAUUCUGUAUCUUUCUAAUGGUUUAUUAAGUGUUUUAAAAAAGAGAGAGAAAAUCUGUGUGCCUUACAUGUACAGUGAUUCAUUGUAUUCGUUCUGAAGUAAAUAAACUGGGCAGGGGGUCCUGACAACUACAGAGAAAAUAAGCCUCCUGCUUGAAGUGACCUGUAAAUAAUUUUUUGAAGUAUUUUGAAAGUUUUGCUAUAGUGUUGUGUUGUGUUUUGGGUGGACAUGGCCCAGAGAGGCAGCUUAUAAAUA